CUUAAAAAAGCUAAGCCAAAGAGGCUAAAAGAACCUUAAUUUUUUUUUUUCCAGCCUGAUACAAUCUGUUCAACCAAACAGAGUCUAAAUUAUUAAUUAAAGGAAAUAUACUAUUUAGAAAAACAUUUAAUUAAAUCACAAACAAAAUCCCUAAAAGAUAAUAUUAAUAUUAAUAAUAUUGUCUGGUAAUUUCUUUCAAUAAUCCAAAGUCAAUGGGGGCUAUUCUGUUCAACCCUCUCCCACCACCAUCUUCAAACCCCAUCUUCAACCAUGGUAAUGGUACUGCUACGCCCAAAGUAGAAGACACUUUCUUUCUUUGAUCCUUCUUUACUACCCAAACAAAAACAAAAGACCCAAACUUUAAAUUUUUAAACGACCCAAAAAAAAAUAAAAAUUUGAGGGGGAGUUUCUAUUUUCGCCAUGAAAGGAUCAGAAGCUCUUCUUAAUCUUAUAUGGGUUGUGGUUUUUGUGUUGAGUUUUUCUGGGUAUUAUUCCAGAGUUGCAGAAGAUGAUGUGAGGUGUUUACAGGGGAUCAGGCAAUCGUUGGUAGACCCUCAGGGGAAGCUAUCUUCAUGGGAUUUUAAGAACACAUCUGUGGGAGUUAUGUGCAAGUUCAUCGGAGUUACAUGCUGGAAUGAUCGGGAGAAUCGUGUGUUGAAUCUUGAACUUAGGGAUAUGAAGCUUUCUGGUAAGAUACCUCAAGCGUUGGAGUACUGUGGUAGCCUUCAGAAGCUGGAUCUAGGUGGAAAUGAAUUCUCUGGUACGAUUCCUUCACAGAUCUGUGAUUGGGUUCCUUUCAUUACUACUUUAGAUCUGUCUGGUAAUGCUUUUUCGGGGUCUAUCCCACCUGAGUUGGGAAAGUGUUCUUACCUUAAUGAGCUUGUUCUUUCGGAUAAUCGACUUUCUGGUACUAUACCUUAUGAAAUUGCUACUUUGGGUAGGCUUAAGAAGUUUUCUGUGGCCAAUAAUCAACUCACGGGUACUAUUCCUACGUCUCUUAAUCAUUUUUUUGAGGAGGAUUUUAGUGGGAAUAGUGGGCUUUGUGGUGAGCCUUUAGGGAAGUGUGGUGGGUUGAGUAAGAAGAGUCUUGCUAUAAUCAUAGCUGCUGGGGUUUUUGGUGCUGCAGCUUCUUUGUUGUUGGCUUUUGGGGUUUGGUGGUGGUAUCAUUUGAGAUUGAGUAAGAGGAGGAAACAUGGUCAUGGUAUUGGAAGAGAUGAUGAUUGGGCUGAGAGGUUAAGGGCUCAUAGGCUUACUCAAGUUUCUUUGUUUCAAAAACCACUUGUUAAGGUUAAGUUGGCUGAUUUAAUGGCUGCUACAAACAAUUUCAGUCAAGAUAAUGUGAUUAUUUCGACUAGAACAGGUACAACUUUUAAGGCUGUACUUCCUGAUGGGUCAGCUUUGGCUGUCAAGAGGCUUAAUACUUGUAAACUUGGUGAGAAGCAGUUUAGGUUGGAGAUGAAUCGAUUAGGACAGAUAAGGCAUCCAAACUUGACACCCCUUUUGGGGUUUUGUGUGGUUGAGGAAGAAAAGCUUCUGGUUUAUAAGCACUUGUCAAAUGGUACACUUCAUUCUUUGUUGCAUGGAUAUGGGAGUUCAUUGGAUUGGCCAACUAGAUUUAGGAUUGCCUUGGGAGCUGCUAGGGGUCUUGCUUGGCUUCACCAUGGUUGCCACCCUCCAAUCAUCCACCAGAACAUAUGCUCUAAUGUGAUUUUAAUUGAUGAGGAUUUUGAUUCUAGGAUAAUGGAUUUUGGAUUGGCAAGGCUAAUGACUUCUGAUGCUCAUGAAAGUAGUUUUGUUAAUGGAGACUUGGGUGAGCUUGGUUAUGUGGCUCCAGAAUACCCAAGUACUAUGGUUGCUUCAUUGAAAGGAGAUGCUUAUGGUUUUGGGGUUGUACUUCUACAACUGGUUACAGGGCAAAAACCUCUUGAGGUUAACACUGGUGAUGAAAGUUUUAAGGGUAAACUAGUGGAUUGGGUAAACCAGCUGACUAGUUCUGGUAGAUCAAAGGAUGUCAUUGAUAAGACUCUCCUUGGAAAAGGGUAUGAAGAGGAAAUCAUGCAGUUUUUGAAGAUUGCUUGUAAUUCUGUUGUUGCCCGGCCCAAAGAAAGGUGGUCUAUGUACCAGGUUUACCAAUCAUUGAAGAAUAUGAAUAAAGAACGCUGUCUCUCCGAACAUGAUGAUGAAUUUCCACUUAUUUUUGGGAAGCAAGAGAAUGAUUAAUAGGGGGUGAGAGAGAAUAUGGGAGAAGCAUGCAAAUGGUUAGAGACUUUUCAUCUUGAGGCCUUGCCUCCUGAGCAAUUCACUCUGAAGGUGGUUUUCCCAGUACAUUGAUGUAAUUAUGUUAUUUAAGAAUGAAGAUUAAGUUGUCUGAGGAUUUGGGAAAAACAAUAUCUAAUGUAUGAAAAAAUUUUAAGAAGCUAGGUGGCGAUUUGCACACACUAUAUGGGAUCUACUAUUGGAAUUUGCAAGUAAAAUUAUGAUGAAAGAAAUUAUUUUUUUGCAACACCAAUUAGAAUAAUUUGGAUCAUGUUCUUCUGAUUGUUGUGAUUGCGAUGAAUAUUAUGUAUUGGAUCCUCUUGUAUUUUAAUAUCUUGGAAGAGAGUCUUCAUUUUCUAGUGUCAUUUGCUAAA